GUUUUAGGCAUUUUAGUCCAGCCCUUUUUGCUUUUUUAGUCCUGAUCUCAUACAGGUUGUGUAAGAUUUCUGUCAGUUUCCCUUAAGUAACUUCUUCAUGUGAUCAUAUGUUCACUUCCCUUUUCGCCUUUUCGUAGUGGGAAUAUUAAACUUUUCUUCUGAUUGUUCAUCUGAUUCUGAUUGAUUAUGGUCAUCAGAGCAUGAUCAAUCUGACAGCUGCUGUUUAAACAGAUGUAAAAGGACAUGGCAGCUGGUGUUGGACUGCUGCUUCUGCUCAUAGGAGUCUCUUAUGGUAAUAAAACUUUCUGUGAUGGCAGACACAAGGAAGCUCAAUGCUCUCAACCCUGGGGAGCAACUGUGUUUGUUCACCUGAUGGAUGAGGCCUCAGGAAAAAUAAAAUUCCAGUGGACAAAGGAAGCAACAACAAUACUAAAUUGGAGAAACAGUAGACUCGUGACAAACACAUUAGAGAGCAGAUCUGAAUUUAUCUCCAACAAUGGGACAUUUAGGAUCAGCAACCUUAGGGGCAGUGAUAGUGGUGAAUACACACUUACAUUUUUUGGUUCUGAUGGAAAAGCAACAGGAGAUCAGACUCUGCAUUUGUACAUUGAAGGCCGGUCCCCAAUAAGAGUUGGAGCAAUCUCUGCUCUGCUUUUGUUUUCUAUCCAUGUUGUUGUCUGUGCAAUCGUCAUCUGUGUUCAGAGGAAAAGGCAAAAAAGAAAAGGAGAAGAACUCCCUGCUGACUUGACCUACGUUGAUGUCAGAGUGGUGCAACAGCGAGAGAGGAAGUCAGUGAAGCAAAAAGUAGAGGAAGAGGUGGAGUACAGCCAAAUAAAGAUAGCAGGAUGAUUCUAAUCAAAUUCGACAGAAGAAAUGACACUAUAUGAAAAUGAAAUGAACUGUUGUCUGCUUUGGUGAAGACUGCAGCACUCAUUGCAGAUCCACAGAAAAGAUGACGAUGCAGACUCCUGAAGACGUUUAACUCUUCUUUAAUCAUUGUAACUUUUAACAAUGCAAAAACAACUGCUUGUUUAUUUUAAUUGUAAUGUUUGUUCAUGACUGUCAUGUUAAAUUUGAUAAGGAAGUCUUGACAAAUUGGCAACCACUCAACCCAUUAAAUUACAAAAAAAGUUAAGAGACAAAUGUGCUGGAGUCCAAAGAAAAACAUGUUAUGUUUUCCGCAGCAACUCCCUAUAGCCUACGCAAGUGACAAACAAAAUAAAAGUUAAUGGUGAAACUAACAAAUACCUUGUACUUUAAAAAAAAUCACCUUAACCUUUUAAUAUGUUGGGGCAACUGCAUAUAUUUUCCGUAUCAAAAUUCAUAGUAUAGUAUCACUGGUCAAUGAUAAACAAAACUGAAUAUUUGAACAAAAUCCAAAAGCAGUGAUGGUU